AUUGGCUUCUUUGAGCUUUAGUUGGAGAGUUUACUUCCGGAAGGUUUUCACGAGCUGUUCUGUACGAGAGGUUUGUCAUUAACCUACGUAGUUACCAAGGUCAUGAUGGCUGACAGAGCAGACGCUACACCUGUGGCGAGCAGUCAUCCUCCUAGAAAAGAGGGGCACGGAGAUGGAGAAGGUGGAGGAGUGUCAGAGGGGGAUGCAGGAGGUGGAGGUGGACUGACUGAUGCCCAGAGGGAGGUGUUGGAGAGAUGUCUUCAUGCACUCAGGCAUGCUAAUAACGACAGUCACACACUGGCUGCUCUUCUACUGGUUACUCGUUUGUGCCCAGCAAGUCAACUAGACAAACCCACCUUAAGACGCAUUUUUGAGGCCGUGGGACUCAACCUUCCAGCUCGGCUUUUGGUGACAGCAGUCAGAGGAGAUGAGCCCUCUGGAUUACCCCCCUAUGAGCUCCUUUCACUGGGCACAGCUCUGUUGGCUGCCCUGAGCACUGACCCAGACAUGGCAUCUCAUCCUCAGCUCCUCACCACCAUCCCAUUCCUGCCGGCUGUGUCAAACCAGCACAAACAAACAGUCCACAAACAGAACCAAACUGGAGAGAUAAGAGAGAGUCCAGACUGUAAUUUUCAGUCAGCAGAGAGUUCAAGCCCACAACGUAAUCCUACCAAUGUGGCAAAGUCAGCAGAAGAGAGCGAGACUAGUAAGCAAAAGGAUGAUGAUGGCAGCGCAACACAUGGAGUACCAACAUUUAAAGAAUCAUCACCAUCUUCCAAACUUGAUGAGGCCAUGGCUGCUGACUGCUACCAGGUUCUGGCAGCUGUGUGUGCCUUACCCAGGGGUCCUGACCAGCUGCUGAGCAGGGGUGCUGUUCCUGCUCUGUGCCAAGCAGUGGAUCAAAACCAGACUUUAAGCCAUGAGAAGGGACUUUCCCUGCUUGGUUGCCUCCUCACAGGUAAAACAAAGGACAAAGCAUGGAGUAAACAUCCUGCGGAACUCCUCUCUCUACUGGUCAGGCUUUCUAAAGACAUCUGCCAGUGCACAGACCAGACCAGGCUGGAUAUGUGUUCCCAGUUGGUGCACUUUCUUCCACCAGCAGGAGUGGCAGUAGAGAGUGUGGAGCUGAAGGGAGUCAUAAAAUAUGUAUGGGGGGUAUUGAGACCCAUGAUGCAGGCUAAGUUGGCACCGAAACAGAUCGGGCCACUUCUGGUUCUCUGUGCGUGUCUGGUGGAUCUCUGUGGGUGGGAGAUGGUGGGGCCACCAAAGUUCUGCUGCUUACUGGUGAACCGGGCCUGUGUGGAAGUCAGGAUGGGUUUGGAAGAACCACCUGGUAACGAGCUGAGCCCGGACCUGCAGCAGACACUCACAGGCUGUUACCGAAUCAUGGAGGCCGCCAUAGAGCAGGCCUGCAUUCUGGGGUUGUCACAGACAGCUGUACCUCCUCAGAGCUCCAUCUCUUCACUCAGUCUGCAGCAGAGCAGACAGGUCCUUGGGGUGCUGGAGGAGGCCUUCUCUGCCAUAAUGUACCACCUGCAACAGGUGGGUCCUAGUCGCUAUGGUGAUCCUUUCAUUUUUGCCACGUUCCGCUGUCUGUGCUCAUGGCUGGCUGAGGAGACUUCCUGUCUGAAGGAGGAAGUGACCAGACUGCUACCACUUCUGAUAGACUACUCACGGAACCACCUGCAGGGUGAGAGCCCAGAGCAGGGCCUCUCCGAUUGGAUGACCAAUAUGUCCGUCAAUGAGCAGAGAGGUGCCUGGACGGGCCAACAACCUCUGAGGUAUCUCCUCCCAGCUUUGUGCCACCUGUCAGCUGAGGAAGGUCCCAGGAAGGUGCUACUCACCCACAACACCCCGGCCCUGCUGGUGGACUUCCUGUCACAGAGCUGGACUUCACUCAAAGGGAAAACUGGUGUGGCAUCAGCCAGGGAUCCCAGCAUGGAAACAUGCUUCUCAGCCCUCCUCAACUUCACUGUCACAGAGCCAGAGAGAGUCAGGAAGGACUCAUGUUUCAAAACCCUGGAGGCUCUUCUAAGUGAAGCACUUCCAGUUUUGGUGCAUAAACCUCACCUCCUCGUCCUAGCAGCCAACUGCUGCACUCUGGGACUAAUGAUUGGCAGACUCAAAGCAGCUCCUUCAGGAUCAGUUGAAGCUGGCCAGAGGCUGUUCUUCUCCACAGCUCUACGGUUCCUCCGCAGCGCCCUGGAUUCAAGCUGCAGCCCUGGUCCGGUUAAGGUGAGCUCCAGGUGGGAGGAGAGUUGGGAUGAGGCUGCAGAGCUUUGGAGGUUGGGUGUGCAGGCUCUGGGAAGCUGCAUCCACGCUCAGCCGUGGAUCAUCACCCUGGUCAGAGAGGAAGGCUGGCUCAAACACACGCUCACCAUGUUGGCUCAGUGUAGUGCACUUCCUGACCGGCACACACAGAACGCGCUAGAGGAAGCUCUGUGUGCCAUGGCAGAGCAGUGCCCACCCUGUAAACAGGAGAUUGUAGACAUGAUGAUGAGAAAUGACAAAGGAGCCUUGGGAUGUAUGAAGAACCUGAAGAAGUCAGUUGGAGUGAAGUGAAAUCAGCCUGCUCCUGACAGACAGUCUGUACUUUGAUGUAUUUCAAACUGUGAAAAUAAAAAGCACAACUGGC